UAUAUGAGGUGUUGAGCUAGGAUGUACUUUGCCCCUUUCCUAAGAACAUCACAGAUGAUCAAGGAAAAAUGAAGAAACGCUCAGGCAUUAAAGAUGAUCUGAAAUUAACCACGAUGUUUCCAUUUAACCCAAAGCUGGGAAUUGAUAAUCCUGCUCUGUGCCUUGGAGAAGACCCAGGCUCAGAUCCUGAAUCAGCAGCUCGUUUCUGUGUACUGAGAAAAGAUGCCAGCGGAACAUUUGGUUUCACCUUGCGUAUGGAGGUGGAAAGAAAUGGUCAUGUUGUACGUGAAGUGAUUCCAGGAGGCCCUGCUUAUCUUGUAGGACUCAAAGAUGGAGACCAGUUAUUACAGAUUAAUGGGGAGUAUGUACAUGAGCAGGAGCACCUAAAGGUUGUGCAGAAGGUAAAGGCUAGCGGCUCCCGCGUCUCACUGGCUGUUCUUGAUGAGUGCAGCUACGGAAAAUUGCGCACCAACAAUACUUCACCACUAUCCAUUCUUACUAACGUUCUUCCUGAGUCUUGUCCCAGGCCGCGACUUUGCCUUGUACGUGAUGAAGGUCGGGGCUUUGGCUUCACUACAAGUGCAACAGGUGGUGUUCGCGGUACAUUUCUUCUCAAUGUGGAAGAUGGUGGUGCAGCACAAAAGGCUGGUGCUCCCUCUGGUGCCCGUCUUCUUGAAGUCAAUGGUGAAAGUGUCACUAGCUUCACACUGAGUCAGCUGAGUAAAAAGUUGCAAAAUAGUGGCUCACGUGUUGUCCUGUUAGUUCUGGAAGCAUCUGCAUGGGGAGUAUAUGAAGCUCAAGGAGUUACGCCAAGCAUUGCAUUUGCUGAUAUAUCAUGUGUGCCUUAUCGAACAAGAAAGCUUCACUUAGUGCGCAGUCCACAGGGCUAUGGAUUCCUUUUAAGACAAGAAAAGUGCCUAAGCGGACAAGGGCAGUUUUUACGUGAGCUGGAUCCAGGACUGCCAGCAGAGGUUUCUGGAAUGCGAGAGGGAGACCGACUGCUAGCAGUAAAUGGUCAGAGCGCAGAGGACCUGGAACAUGAAGACAUUGUCAGCAUCAUUCAGCAAAGUGGAAAUCAAGUCACUCUGGUUGUUGUCAGCAAUGAAGGGGACAGAUUUUACAGUGAGAUUGGUGCUUCACCUUUGCUUUUUUAUGAAGAACAAACCCUUGACAAUGUUUCUACUCAUGUUAAAGAAUCAAGUGGACAGAUUUUGCAAGAAUCCAAAACAACACAGGUAUGAUACGUACAGGCGAAAACGCACAAUGAUGACACAGUGGCACAGAACAGCGAAGAAUAAAAGAAGCAUUUUCACCAUACUGUACAUGAAAUAUUUCCUCCCCAUGAUGUAAAAUAUAUUCAUUCAGA